AUGCGUCUCUUACUGUGGACCGGUCUCCUCUUCGUCGCGACUUUCGUCCAUGGAGAUCUAGUUUUUCGAUUUUCUCAUUAUUUUCCGAAUUUCCCAUGUUCCAGAGCUCUUCUGGACAAGAAGGCUUCGAGGAAAAGAAGAAGGAAUUCCUUCGGAAACGCUUGGGAAAGCUUCAUAGCCGAGCCAAUCGAGUUUUCGUCGACGGGGAGAAUCCGGAAGACCCCAAGAGACAUCUGAAGAAGGUUAAUUUUGAAUUACAGUCUUUUGACUUGGAAAGUCAUGGUCGCAUUUGGAAUGGGUGAUCCAAAAAAUCAGUUCUUUUUUUAUUAUGAAUGGAUCUUCCAAGUUUUUUUUUUGAAUAAGAGCUUUCAGGCCUUGAGCGACAUUAAAGCUUCCUGUAUAGAUUUUUUAAAUUUAUCAAAAUUCAAUAACGAUUUUUGAAUUCGAUUGGUCGAACCCAGGUCCACCCGACGGUGAACAAUUUCGCAGAAGAUAUCUACCAGCUGAACAAAAGAACUGGAGUUGCUGAUCGAAUGUUCCAGGGCGACAUCAACCUUCGCGAGUAUCUUUAUCUCCCAACAAGUUGAAGACGUACUUUUCGAAUCUCAGAGAGCAACGACAUCUCUUCGAUAGCCAAGGAAAAGUCGACGGACGGCAAAAAAGACAGGUCACUUCGUACGUUCCGAGAUGGACCAACAACACCUUGAACUACUGGGUCGAUAACACUAUCAGUGAGUUUGAUUUUGGAACUUUUUAGAGCUCACGGCGUUCCCAAACGGGGUGAGGAAACAUCAAAAAAUUUUUUGCCGCGAAAUUUGAAAUCUCAAGUACGCAGCCAAAUGUAUUCUUCAUGCCGUUGAAUACUCAGCUUAACUUGCAACGAUAGGUAGCUGUGACGUCAGAGUUCUUUUAUCCAAAGCGCGCACUUACUUUUUUUUUGUAAAUUCAGAAACUUUGACGCCUCGCUCACCUGUCCUCACCCUAUUAGGAAUUCCGUGAACCUCACAAGAGAGAUGAUUUGAUUUAGUGGUUUGAAGUCACUGAAAUUUGGCCAAACCCCUACAAAGUUUAAAAAAAUUCAGUAGAUUUUUUUAAAUUUCUGUGGAGUUUUUAUUCAGCUUCAAAAAAAUGGUAGGAGAAUUUUUGGAGGGUGAAAAUUCAAUUCAUGAAACUUGGAAUAGUAUACUGAUACCCUGAAAGAAGAACGAAAGUGAUUUUCCUAAGAUUUCCAAGCUUUUAGUGAGUUUCCGGACCGUUUUUGGGAUUUUCGAGGAUUUUGAGGUCUUCAAAUUUUUUGAGGAGCUUCUGAACUUCUAGCAUGUAAUUAUUCAGCUUCAAGAAAUUAAACUGCUUUUUAUACGAUUACAAAGUUUUUUUAGUGAGUUUCCGGACCGUUUUCAGGGAUUUUUUUGAGAAUUUCUGAGGCUUUCAAAAAUUUUUUUGAGGAGCUUCUGAACUUCUAGCAAAAUUUUAUUCAGCUACAAAAAAUUAUUCUGCUUUUAAACGAUUUCAAAAGUUUUAGGGAGUUUCCAGACCGUUUUCUAGAAUUUUAAGAUUUAGGAAAAGUCUUCAGAGUUCGGUAACGUUAACCUCUAGCCUUUUGGAAAAUAGCUUGGAGAAAGAUAGCUUGGGCAUGAAAGAAACAGAACACCACCAACUCGAAUCUUCCCAGACGCCGAGAAAAAAGCUGCGAUCGUCAAGGCUCUGGCCUACAUCUCCGACAGGACUUGCCUCACCUUUGUCAACAACAAAACAGCCAAAAACCGAGUGCGAGUGUUCAAGGGCGAAGGCUGCUACUCGGAUAUCGGCAUGGGCCGAGGAGAGCAGAGACUAUCCCUCGCCGAUGGCUGUCAACAGGUUGGAAACAGGGCAGCCACAAGCCCGAAACGGACUUCGGCUCCAUAUUUGAGUACCCAAGAAAUACAAACGGCCUUCCAAAGAAAAAGUCACUAUGCUCUUACUAUCGGGUUGGUAAAGGGCUGAUUAGGUUUUAUGGAAAGCCGAAGACUUGUUUUACCGGGGGAAAAGUUUCUGAUUGAAAAUCGAAGUUUCUUUGAAGGUAUGAUUUUUCGAAUCUCAAGAGAAAAAUCUUCAUUUUCACGACUUUUGGCUUUUGCUCUCAAAUCCGGUCUGACUUAAGCAAAUGAGUUCUUCUUUUGAGAAAGAGUUACUGCGUAGCUAUUUAAAAUCUGUGCAAAGUUCCAAGUCAUUUGAGCCACUUUCAGAGAAGUUAUGCUCGAAUAACCCCUUUGAAAUACUUUUAUGGCCAAUACUGUACAGUUUUGAACUGCAAAACUUUAUAGAAAGUUUCCGACACUUUAAUAAAUCAGAACACCUAAUUUAACAUACAUAUCAAGGCGAGAAGAAAGUUUCAAAUUAUUUUUAAAAAAAUUGACAAAAAUUUGCCGGCACUCGGUUUUUUUAGGUCCUUUUGACUACGUUUAAAACGCUUUUUUAGUCAAUGUUUCCCGACUUGAAAGACGAAGGAGGCGGGGCAGGGGGGCGGGACGCGUAGCGUGUGCGUACGCGGUUCUUGGCACGAGUUCAAUUCAAGCGCCAACGGCUAUUCAGGAAGCUCAGUCACCGCUCUUUUUCUAUACUUUCUACUAUUUUUUAAUGCGCACAUGAAAAAAAAAAACCAAUAUUUAACUGAAAAAGAAAUGAAAAGAGCGAUAAACGAGCUCUCCAAAUAGUCGCUGCCGGUUGAAAUGAACUUGUGACAAGAACCGCGUACGCACACGCUACGCGUCCCGUCCCUUGCCCCGCCUUUCUCACCUUGCAGGUCGGGAAACACUAACUAUAUCUAACCUUCCUUUUCAAAUUUAUAUUUAUCCAGUGCUUUUUUUUUGAGGUCGGGACAGUCGCCCACGAAUUCACGCAUGCUCUGGGAAUCUGGCACACUCAAAUGAGAUACGACCGCGAUGACUACGUCACCAUCGACGUUUCUGCCGUCAUCGUGAGUUUUUUUGUUCUAACUGAGAAAAAAUUCCAUGCUCAAAAUUCAUAAAGUUUUCUUGUGGGUGAAAGAGAUACCGCCAAAAACUGCGUUCGGGUGUAUGCACAAUUUGAAUCUACAGCGUGCCAAAUAUACAUAUUACGUUUUUCGCGACUUGAAACGGCUGUCUUUCUCUGCGCUCUCCUCGCCUCUCGGCGACCCUCUCGUGUUGACGUGCUAUUUUCUUGUUUCUCUGACCUUGCCGUUUAGAGGACAGAGAGACGCAGACAGGCAGAAAGAUAAAAGUCGCGGCGAACGGGCUAAAUAAACUUUGACUCUACUUUAGCAUUUUAGGUUAGUAACUAUCAGAAAUUGAACUUUUUGGAGAAAAUAAGGGAUUCCUGCGGGAUCCUGCAAACAAAUAUUAUGUCCAUCUUGCUUCCUUGUUAUCCUUCGAAGUGGUCUAUCAAGUUAUUUCAAUGCCAAAAGUAUCUAAAAAUGAUCAAAGCGGAAAAUUCUCUAUUACCAUGAUAAGAUCUAAGUGAUCAAACUCCAAAAAAGGCCGAUACAAGGUUGCAAGUGUGACUUUCAGCCGGGCAAAGAGCACAACUUCUACAAGCUCGGCGAGGACGAAGCCGUCAACAUGGUCCCGUACGAGUACGGCAGCGUCAUGCACUACGGAGCCGACUUGUACGCUAAUUUCUUUUAGAUAUACAGCAGAAAAAAUCAAAAUUGAAAGGAAAAUAACUCGGUAAAGGAAAACGGACGCGUCCCGGACGAUUCUGAGCCUUUCUAGUGUUCUCUUUAGGAGCGUCGUCAAUCUUAAGUGCUCACUUGAAAUGAUUAGAAGCGUUCGAUUUGCGUAAGUUCGGACCUCGGUAACGCGAAACGGACGUUUCGGGGCAUUUACAGGGAUCACUUAAGAGUGACGAGGCCACUGAAGGUGUCCCUAGAAAUGCCCCGACAAGUCCGAUUUGCGGUACCACGGUUCGAGACCAAGGUUUUAGAAAAAAGGGAACAGAAAGUUGUUUUGUCCAUAGAGCAACUUUACUACGAAACGAAUUUUUUCAGUUCAAAAUUUUGAACUAGUUUUUCUUUCCAAUGAAGGGUAUUUCCGUAAAUUUCAAAGUUUGUUGAUCUACACGCAAUAAAGAGCUCCACAGGGUGAUAUAAACGUCUCAGUCUUUAUUUGUCACUACCUUCAAAUUGUUCUUCUGCAGCUUCGCCAGCAACGAGACCAGACCGUCGAUGCUCCCGAAAGACCCCCACUACCUCUACACGAUAGGAAGUCAUCAGAUUUCCUUCUACGACAUUCAGAACAUCAACAACGCCUACGACUGCGGAGGGAAGUGUGCAAAUACGCUGAAUUGCACAAAUGGAGGCGUUCAAAAUCCGAAAUCUUGCGACGAAUGCCUGUGUCCCGCGGGUUAUGCCGGGAAAUUGUGCGAUGAGAGGGUGAGUUUUUUUGAAAGAAAUUCUGAAGUCUGAAACUCCUCAUAUGUGUCGACAUACAUUACUUUACAGUUAGAUCUCGUGAGAAUUUAAAACAGUGUCAUUUCUCUGCGCACUCUCUUUUCUCACCAUCGCUCUCGUUUCUAUGUACUAGUUUUACACUCAUAUAAACGCGAGAGAAAGGGGGGCGCAGAUUGGUCAGGCUGUUCCAAGUAUGAACAAAUGAACUCUCUAGAACUUUACUUUCCUUCUAGCAUGGCAAAAAUUUUAACGAUAGCUUUUUUUUCAACAUCUGAGAGAUGUCCGAGUAGUCCCUAUAGAGAAAACAGCUUUAUAGGUGACAAAAAGCGCUUGUAGGGGUUCAGAGUCUGACCCAUAUACCCCUGAAGCUCAAGUGGUCCCUACAGGGUUAUAUAUGAAAAUUGCAACGGCAAACUCAUUACGAUAAUUAACUAGGAUGUCCCUACAGGGGCCCCUUUUGGAAACUUGAGUAACCUCUCUGAGGAGAGAAAGUGGUCCCUAGAGGGGAGCCUUCAAGGGGCCCAUAGAUUGCCCCUAGAGUAACCACUCUGGAGUUCCUAUGAUCUUGCAAAGCUCCCAUUCAGCCAAGCGGCUGCGGCGAGAUCCUGACUGCAAACUCGAACUGGACCUCGACAACCUUCACGUUCGGAGAUAAAAAGAACUAUCAGGAAUUCCGCAAGGAAUACUCUUUCUGCAACCAUUGGAUCAGCGUUUGUUCUCCUUUCGCUUCGACUUUAUAAAGGGCCUUUUAUAGGCCCCGGAAGGCAAGAAAAUCGAAAUUCAAGUUGAUAUAAAGAGUGAACCCAUGUGCUGGUAUGGGUGCGACGUGAAUGGAAUCGAGAUCAAGACGCUCGAGGACAAGAAAAUCGUCAAUCCGAGGUUAGAAAUCGAAAAAAGUGAAUAUAAUCUGUGUGCCACGAUUUGAAAUUUCACAGAACGACAUUCCGCUGUUCCGCUGCGUGCGUUCGCGAAGCGUCUUACGAAUCUCGGUCACGCUUUCAAUUUAUUGUUAUUGCUGUGCGAGCACAUGAGAAUAAAGAACCUCAUAAGAGAAAAAAAAAAAUUAAAAGCGCGACCGAGUUUCGCAAAGGGGCGCAGCGGAACAGCGGAAUGUCGUUGGGUGAAAUUCCAAGUCGUGGUAAACCUACUAUAGAUGUCUAAAAAAAAAUCAGGAUCUUUAUUUUCUACAUCUAGAAGGAAUUUGACCAAGAAAAUCCCUAAACAUGAAGUGUAAUGAAUAAAACUAUGUCAGAAAACUUAGUUAGACCCUUGGUUAUUUACUUAUAGCUGCGCCUGACCUUGAGCGACUUUUACUUGAAGUAGUUUUUUAUCGAUAACCGCAAAGCUUCCUUUUCAAGUCGAACUUCCAAAAGUUACUUCAAAAAAAAAACUGUUCAGAAUCUGCUGCAAGACUGAUGAGAUCUUCCAAAGCGCCCUGAACCCAACGCCCAUCAUCUCCUACAGCAUCUACUAUUAUUCUACUUACGUUCUCAAAUAUCGUUAUGUCUAAUUUUGUGACGUUAGGGGAUAAUAAACAUUCGAUCAUUGCAACUUGCAAAAAAAGUCUUUGAGAGAACGGAAAAUUUGCAAAUUACACAUAAAUUGAAAGUUUUCGUAUGGUUACACAAGAGAAAUUUGAAAGAAACAAAAAAAAAAGUGAAAAACCGAAUAAUGGCGAUAGAGCAACUUUACUGCAAACCAAGCUCUUCCGGUUAUUUAUUUAUUUAUUUACUUCACUCAAACAUAGUGGUCUUUUUCCCUCCCUGCAACACCACCAUAUCAUCCGGAUGUUGCGAAAAAUAAAGUGAUCGAAAAAAAAAACACAAAAAAACGAAGUUAUCGGGAUUUCUAACUUUUUUCUCAGCGACUUUGAAUCAUUUUUCUCCUAAACUUUUAAUACCUGCAAAUUUUUGAGUAUAUUAUAUUAUAUGAUAUAUACUGUAUAUAGUUCAACGCUUGGGAGCCCUACAAAAUGUCAUAUUUAUCACAAGCCCAUUUUUUAGUGCUUAUAUGCCUUCAAAAAUCAAUAAAUUUAGUUUUUUUCUUAAGACGAUCCACUGUUUGAACAUGUGAAGAUUACAAAAAAUGGACCAAAAGUGUUUGAAAAAAUGAAGAAGUUUUUGAAAAAAAAACCUUCAGGGUGAUGUAAAGUUGACGCCGAACAUCUGAUUUUUUUUGUCCAUGUAUACAAAAAUCAAAAAUUUUAAAACCAAAUCAAAAUUUUGUGUCAAAAACGGCUUCUGAAAAAUAUUGAGCUGCAAGUUGCAGAUAUAUAAUUUUAAUGGACUCAGUGCAAAUGUUUGUUAUAUACAGUACCGCUCAAAAGUGUAUUAAGUUUUGGUUUUUUGAGGAUAUCUCAGCGAGUACUUAUCCGAUUUAUAUAUAACUUUCAGGGAUUAUGUAAAAUGUACUUUGAAACAUAUACGGUAUACAAAUACAUGUCCGCAAUCACUGUGACGCGUUUUAGGAAUUUUUUUUUGAAUUCAAUUUUUUUUUUAUGCUUUUAUUUUUAUUUGUUUUUAUUAAAUUUUUUAAAAGUAAUAAUGUUGCCAUAUGUUUUUUUUCAUGUUUUCAGACAUGGGAAGAACCUCUGGAAAAGAGGAUUUGACUGAUAACGACAAAAGAGCCAUCGUUGUGGGUCGUCAAAAUGGACUGACCAUGAUGACGUUGGCAGGAAUGUUCGGCGUGACAGAGGCGGGCAUUUCUCAGUACCUAAAGCGUCAGAAAGCUCAAGAUGGCAAUACUAAGAGCCAACGCACUGGAAGACCACGCGUCACUGAUCUUAAUGACAAUAGAAACAUUUUGAAGACGUCUAGAACCAAUCCAAGACUCAGCGUCCCUGCGAUCAGACGGGAAGUUUGCUUGAUAUCGCAAUCUCCGCCAUCCGUCUCGACCGUGAAACGACGUCUGAAUGCUGCUGGAAUCAUGAGAAGACGUCCAGUGAAGAAACCGUUGAUUUCUGAAAAGAAUCGAGCCGCCAGGGUGAAGUGGGCGAAAGAGCAUCUAAACUGGACCCGUCAAGACUGGAACAAGAUUCUGUGGUCCGACGAAACGCUCCUCCAUCAUGUUUCACAGUGGGUAAUUGGUAUUUCGGAUGAUAUCUGGACCCACUUGGUCUACGAACCCACUGAAUUCCGUCACUUCCGAAGAGGAGGAACUUUUAAUUCAAAAAAAAAAAUUCCUAAAACGCGUCACAGUGAUUGCGGACAUGUAUUUGUAUACCGUAUAUGUUUCAAAGUAUAUUUUUACAUUAUCCCUGAAAGUUAUAUAUAUAUAUAUAUAUAUAUAUGUCAAAUCUAGAGCAGAGUCGAUUACAAAUUGGGACGACGAGCUAAAGAAGAUCGAAAAAUGAGAACCCGUCUGAACAAGCCGAAGAGGCUGUCCAGGCGAAUGAGUCCUUGUGAAAUAUUUCUCUGCGCUUGGAAAAUGAUAGAUGCCCAAGACAAUUUUUUUGGAGAGUUAGCAAUUUUUUUAAGAAGAUAUACUAGCAUUUUCAUAGUUCAAAGAUGAAACCACUUUCAGUUCGAUUGGUUAAGCCACAGAAUUUUUGAAAAAUUGAUUUUUUUAAUCAAACCGGUUGAGUUUACGCCAGUCUCAGAUUUUAGCCAGAAUCGGUUUUCGGAAAAUAUCGAUCUUAAAAAAAUAGCUGGAGAUUAUUAUAAUUUUUCAUUGAGUUUAUCGCAAAGUUUUUAAAAGCUUCAUGAAAAUAAAAAAACUUCUCAUCGAUUAUUUUUCUCAUAUUUAUAAGGAAGGUCAUUUUAAUUUGCAAUUGGGAUCCCCUCAAAACUGGUCAGAAUAUUCGGGUUUAAUAUUUUUUUAUUUGUAAAAAAAGUAAUAUUUAAUGUAACAAAAGAAGACCCAAGAAGUCUCUCAAUAAAUAAGGGCUCAAAGCCUCGAAAUAGCCAACUUUUUCGAUUUUGAGGCGUCCUUACUGGAAAAAAAAAACGGAACUGGUGUAGGUUAAGACUUCUAGGAUCUUUAUCUUCUACAUCAAGAAGCAAUCUGGCUGAUUCUCAGCCAACCAAAAAAUAAAAUGACCUUCCUUGUCAGCUUUUGGACAAGGUUCACAGGCAAAGUCAUGUUUGCCAAUAUUAUCACGUCGUUGCAAUGCCCAAAAUCACCUGGGAAAGGUAGGAAUGUCUUUGUAUUAUUCGUGUUUUGUACCUGAAUGGUUUAAUUGGAGUUCUGUGAAAAAUUUCAGGUUGAAUCCUCUCGAUUCAAUUGAAAAAAGUGUUCGAUUGGUUCAGGAAGUCAAAAAAAUUUACAUUAUCGAAAAAAAGUAAAAUGUUAUGUACACAAUGGAAAACAAGGUAUAAAAGCGAGAGAAUUCCGGGAAAAAGUACUCUUUUGGCAAGACCCGAGCCAAAAUGCGACUCCUACUGUGGACCGGUCUCCUCUUCGUCGCCAUUUCCAUCUAUGGCGUUCAAGUUUUUCAAUAUUCUCUUCAUUUUUGAAUUUCCCAUGUUCCAGAGCUCUUCUGGACAAGAAGGCUUCGAGGAAAAGAAGAAGGAAUUCCUUCGGAAACGCUUGGGAAAGCUUCAUAGCCGAGCCAAUCGAGUUUUCGUCGAUGGGGAGAAUCCGGAAGACUCUAAGAAACAUCUGAAGAAGGUUAAUUUUGAUUCACAAUUGAAACUUGGAAAGUCAAAACACUUUCGUGAAAGUCAUGGCUGUUCGUUUUAUUUAACUGAACUAUUUUGAUGCAGAUCCACCCGAAACUCGGAGAAGAUCUGUUCACGUUGAACAAAAGAGUGGGAGUCGCUGAUCGAAUGUUCCAGGGCGACAUCAACCUUAGCGAGUAAUUUAAUGCUCCCGGAAGUUGGAAAUGAUCUUCUUAAUCUCAGGAACCAAUGGAAGUUCAUUAAAAGCCAAGGAAAAACCAAUGGUAGACAAAAACGACAGGUAACGACCUGGAUACCGUUGUGGGCCAACAACACGGUCAACUACUGGGUCGAUAACACUAUCGGUGAGUUUUUGCGCUUGUCUGUGAAGGUCUUAUUAUCAAACAACUUCAUAAGUAAACCACUCCUCACGGAAUAACUGAGUUCUGCAUGAUCACAGCCAUUCUCAGAACUUGCCGACUCAACAACGAUUUUCGAAAUGUUCCAGACGAAGUGAAACAAAAUUCGAUCGUCAAGGCUCUGAGCUACAUCUCGUCGAGAACCUGCCUCAACUUUGUGAAUGACCCGAACGCGGAAAACCGCAUUCGAGUGACCAGGGAUGUGGGCUGCUACGCAGAACUCGGCAUGAUCGGAGGCGAACAGACUCUGUCCCUUGGUGAUGGCUGCGUACAGGUUAUUAGAAAGAUCGAAAGAAAAUAAUACGGAGAGCAGCUUUUGGUCUUCAGACCUUGCCGAGAAAACUCCAACAGUACCUAAAAAGAAGCUUUAAACAAGGCCCUUAAAAAGGGUCUUCUUGUAAGGUUAACAAGAAAUCACUUAGAUUUUUCCUUGUUCAAAGUCUCUACGGAGGGCUGAAGAAGAAUACAGCUUUUUCUCUUGAGAUGGGCACGGUCGCUCACGAGUUCACCCACGCUCUGGGAGUUUGGCACACUCAAAUGAGGUCCGACCGCGAUAAGUACGUCGCCGUCGACGUCUCAGCCAUUGGAGUGAGUUUUUGAAGGUGUUCACACGUACUCAGGAACGAUAAAGUGGUCCCCAGUGGAGCAUCUUUAGGGUUACUCGAAGGUUCCUCUCUAGGGACCACCUUCCAUUAAAGAUGAAAAUCAAUAACAAGUUAAAACGUAACCUUGGUGAAGUUGCAACUUUGAGGAGGACUACCGGUUCGCCUACGAUAGAUUGACCGAAGAGGAAGAAGUGAACCUUGUCCCCUAUGAGUACGGCAGCAUGAUGCACUACGGACCCACCUUGUGAGAACUACUUCUCCCGAUUCGAGGCUUCAACUUUCCUUUUCAGUUUCAUCACCAACGCGACGAAGCUGUCGAUGGUCGCCACAGAUCCCCGCUACCAAUACACGAUGGGAAGUCGUCAGAUUUCCUUCUACGACAUUCAGAACAUCAACAACGCCUACAACUGCGCAGGAAAGUGCGGGAAGACCCUGGAUUGCAAAAAUGGAGGCGUUCAAAAUCCGAAAUCUUGCGACGAGUGCAUCUGCCCCGCGGGUUACGCUGGUAGAUUCUGCGAUGAGAGGGUAGGUUUUUGUGGAAGAAAUUUUAUUUUGAUGUACCAGGUUUGGCGCCUUGCGAUUACCGUAUUGUAGCUUGGAAUUGUGCUCACAUCAAAUGAUCUUAUUGAAUGUUUUGAAACAAAUUUGCGAUUUUGAAAAUCUAGUUUUCCUAGUAGUAACUAACAAAGAGAGCUCAAAAAGUAAAAUCCAGAUAGUCCUGGAGUGAAAUCAGAAGUUCUCAGAUUUUUUUAAGUUUCUUUUUUUUUUGAUUUUUCGUGCUCUCACUUCAUCCGCGGACACCUUCUAGUUCAAAAUUUCAUAAAAAGAACCAAAUAUAUGCAUUUAAACCGCCACAAUUUGAAAAUUUAGCCAAGCGGCUGCGGUGAGAUCCUAAAUGCCAAUUCGAACUGGACAUCUACGACCUAUACCUUUGGAGAUGAAGUAAACUUUUGGGAAAGUCGGAUGGACUUCGACUUCUGUAAUCAUUGGAUCAAGGUUAGUUCUCGUUCUGAUUCGACUCUAUAUAAUCUUUCAAAGGCCCCGGAAGGCAAGAAAAUCGAAGUUCAAAUCGUAGAGCAGUUCCGACCGGAUUGCUCUUACGGGUGCGAUUGGAAUGGAAUCGAAAUCAAGACGCUCGAGGACAAGAAAAUCGUCAAUCCGAGGUGAGAAAUUGGCGAAUUCGAGUCGAAAUGCUGUAAAAAGCAUGGAAAGGCUUUUUGAUCCAAAAUAGUCCGUUUGCCGCAGCUUGACAGUUUUGGAGUGUCUGCGUCUCUCUGUUCCCUCUCUGGCAAGGUCAGAGAAGCAUGAAAAUAGCACAAAAAGAUGAGAGGGUCGCCGAGGGAUAAGGAGGGCGCAGAGAAGUCUGAUCCUUCCGAGUUGCGAGAACCGACUAACGAAAGCCGGACAUUUCUGAGCAUUUAUCGCUUUUAGCGCUCAAGUAGUCACUCAAAAUUGAAAUUUAGCGGCUCCAGAACUCUCAAGUGAUUAUUUGAAAUGCUCAGAACGUGUAGACCAUUUUCGGUUCUCAUAAAGACUAAGCAGUUCUGGUUACACCUUUAGCUGCGCCCGACCUUUAGCGACUUCAGUUUUUUGUCGUUAACCGCAGAGCUCCAAUUUCUAGUCGCAUUUUCAAGAAGAAUUCCAAGGAAUCUGUUCAGAAUCUGCUGCGAAACCGAUGAGAUCUUCCAAAGCGCCCUGAACCCGACGCCGAUCAUCUCCUACAACCGCUACUAUUUCUCCACUUACACUCUCAAAUAUCGCUAUGUUUGAUUUUGGGAUCGAGUGAGUAAUAAACCUUCAAGCAUUGCAAAGAAUAUAGUUGAGAUUUGCGAAGAAAAAAAUCCCGGAGAAGAAAAAAUGAAGAAAUUGCGGUGUGGAUCGAACUUGUGACCCUUUGGACCGUGCACAGACACCUAACUUUUAAAGCUAAAAGAAAGUUCAUAUCUUAAUGCAGAGGCCCCAAAAAGAAGUUUCUCAACAAUACCUUCCUAACUUCUUCUUCUUCUUACGCCUUUUGUACCGCUUGAGCGGCGUCGGCGCCCCAAGUCGAUUAGCCGAGGUCCUAUCCUGA